AUGUUAAAAGCGGUGGACAAGGCGAUCAGGACCGCAAAUCUUAAUUUGAAUCCCAUGAUCCACGAGAAAGGUCUCAGCGUGCCAAUUCCAAAAGUCACCACCGAAUAUCGCGAGAAAUUGGCGAAAACGGCGUCUGAAAUCUCGGAGAAAACAAAGAUCAAGAUUCGUCUGGUCAGGCAGGAUGGAUUAAAGGAUUUAAGAAAAGACAGCAAAAUUGGAUUAUCGAGUGAUGAAUUAAGAGCGUCGGAAAAGAAGCUUCAACUUCUAAUUGACAAGUCGGUUAAGGACGUUGAUGAAAUAUUAAAAGUCAAAUCUAAGGAAAUCAUGGAGAAUUAG